CCCUGAUAUGUCUAGCUGGAAUCAGUGCUUCCCUUUACUUUUUGUCUUAGAUUAUGUCGAAAUGUAACAAUUUUGUAUGUUAUGAAGCUUUGGGGCUCUGUGUAGAAAGAACUGCUCUUAAGGAGUGAAGAAUGCAUGAUGUUCUAGGAAAAAUGUCUAAAAUGUUUAUGAUUAAUGCUUUGGGAUACUGCAGGUGAAAGGCAUAAUGUGAUAUUUUGUUCUUUUACUUUUGUUCCUCCACAGGGGCAAUUUUUGAUGAAUCUGCCAAAAAAGAUGAGGAAGUUUUUCGCAUGGCAGUUGCUGAUCUCAAUCAGAAUGAUGAAAUCUUACAAACAGAGAAAAUCACAUGUUCAGUGACAUUUGUGGAUGGCAACAACCCUUUCCAGGCCGUUCAGGAAGCCUGUGACCUGAUGAACCAAGGCAUCCUGGCCCUAGUCAGCUCCAUUGGAUGCACAUCAGCAGGAUCCCUGCAGUCUCUGGCCGAUGCCAUGCACAUCCCUCACCUCUUCAUCCAGCGCUCCACAGCAGGAACGCCCAGGAGUGGCUGUGGGCUCACCAGGAGCAACCGCAACGACGACUACACGCUCUCCGUGCGGCCCCCUGUCUACUUAAAUGAUGUCAUCUUGAGAGUGGUCACAGAGUAUGCCUGGCAGAAAUUCAUCAUUUUUUACGAUAACGACUAUGAUAUCCGUGGAAUACAAGAAUUUUUAGACAAAGUAUCUCAACAGGGAAUGGACGUAGCCUUACAGAAAGUAGAAAACAACAUCAAUAAAAUGAUCACGGGGCUCUUUGCCACUAUGAGAAUAGAAGAACUGAACCGCUACCGGGAUACCCUGAGACGGGCCAUUCUCAUAAUGAACCCUUCCACAGCAAAAUCAUUCCUGACAGAGGUCGUGGAGACUAAUUUGGUUGCUUUUGACUGUCACUGGAUCAUUAUAAAUGAGGAAAUAAAUGAUGUGGACGUGCAGGAGCUGGUGAGAAGGUCAAUUGGAAGGUUAACAAUUAUUCGACAGACAUUUCCAGUCCCCCAAAACAUAAGCCAGCGCUGUCUCCGUGGCAACCACAGAAUAUCUUCAUCGCUGUGUGAUCCAAAGGACCCUUUCUCCCAAAGCAUGGAGAUUUCAAACCUCUAUAUAUAUGACACUGUCCUCCUGCUGGCGAAUGCCUUUCAUAAGAAGCUGGAGGACAGGAAAUGGCACAGCAUGGCCAGCCUCACCUGCAUCAGGAAGAACUCUAAACCCUGGCAAGGAGGGCGAUCAAUGUUGGAAACCAUCAAGAAGGGUGGCGUGAAUGGCUUGACUGGAGAACUGGAAUUUGCAGAAAAUGGGGGGAAUCCCAAUGUGCAUUUUGAAAUUUUGGGGACAAACUAUGGAGAAGAUCUUGGCAGAGGCAUCCGCAAGCUUGGCUGCUGGAAUCCUGUGACUGGUCUGAAUGGGUCCCUGACAGACAGAAAGCUGGAGAACAACAUGCGAGGAGUGGUUCUGCGUGUGGUGACUGUGCUGGAAGAGCCUUUUGUUAUGGUGUCUGAAAAUGUUCUGGGAAAACCAAAGAAGUAUCAGGGCUUCUCAAUAGACGUGUUGGAAGCCUUGGCCACUUACCUCGGCUUUAAAUAUGAAAUCUAUGUAGCACCAGAUCACAAAUAUGGGAGUCCUCAGGAUGAUGGGUCAUGGAACGGUCUGAUAGGAGAACUGGUGUUUAAGAGAGCUGACAUUGGGAUCUCUGCCCUGACCAUCACCCCCGACAGGGAGAACGUGGUGGACUUCACAACACGCUACAUGGACUACUCAGUGGGCGUGCUGCUGCGCAAGGCAGAGAAGACAGUGGACAUGUUCGCCUGCCUGGCCCCGUUUGACCUCUCCCUGUGGGCCUGCAUUGCUGGCACAGUGCUCUUGGUAGGGCUCCUGGUCUACCUCUUGAACUGGCUCAACCCCCCACGCCUUCAGAUGGGAUCCAUGACAUCUACAACUCUCUACAACUCCAUGUGGUUUGUCUACGGAUCCUUUGUGCAGCAAGGAGGAGAGGUUCCAUACACAACCCUGGCAACCCGACUGAUGAUGGGAGCCUGGUGGCUUUUUGCUUUGAUUGUCAUCUCCUCCUACACGGCCAACCUAGCAGCUUUCCUCACCAUCUCACGCAUUGAGAGCUCCAUCCAGUCUCUCCAGGAUCUCUCCAGGCAGACGGACAUUCCCUACGGCACCGUCCUGGACUCGGCCGUGUAUGAGCACGUGCGGGUGAAAGGCAUGAACCCCUUCGAGAGGGACAGCAUGUACUCCCAGAUGUGGCGCAUGAUCAACAAGAGCAACGGCUCCGAGAACAACGUCCUCGAGUCCGCCGCAGGCAUCCAGAAGGUGAAAUACGGGAACUACGCCUUUGUGUGGGACGCGGCGGUGCUGGAGUACGUGGCCAUCAACGACGCCGAGUGCUCCUUCUACACGGUGGGGAACACUGUCGCGGACAGAGGGUACGGGAUCGCCCUGCAGCACGGCAGCCCCUACCGAGACGUCUUCUCACAAAGGAUUCUGGAGCUGCAGCAGAAUGGCGACAUGGACGUACUGAAGCAUAAGUGGUGGCCGAAGAACGGUCAGUGUGAUCUUUACUCAUCUGUGGAUACCAAACAGAAAGGAGGUGCCCUGGACAUAAAAAGUUUUGCAGGUGUUUUCUGCAUCCUCGCUGCAGGGAUUGUCCUAUCCUGUUUCAUUGCAAUGUUGGAAACGUGGUGGAAUAAAAGGAAAGGCUCCCGGGUUCCAUCAAAAGAGGACGACAAGGAGAUCGAUCUGGAGCACCUCCACAGGCGCGUGAACAGCCUCUGCACAGAUGACGACAGUCCCCAUAAACAGUUCUCCACCUCAUCGAUUGAUUUGACCCCGCUGGACAUUGACACUUUACCCACACGUCAGGCACUGGAGCAAAUCAGUGAUUUCAGGAACACUCACAUCACCACAACCACCUUCAUACCAGAGCAGAUCCAGACUCUGAGCCGCACGCUGUCUGCUAAAGCCGCCUCGGGAUUCUCCUUCGGCAGCGUGCCCGAGCACCGAACUGGCCCUUUCAGGCACAGGGCACCCAACGGGGGCUUCUUCAGAAGCCCCAUCAAAACAAUGUCAUCUAUCCCUUACCAACCAACUCCUACCCUGGGCCUGAAUAUUGGUAGUGACCCAGACCGAGGCACCUCCAUCUGAGCAACAGAACAAGUUUCUUCACUGUUUCUUAUUUAGGACUCCUUUUACAAGGAGCAAAUGUAAUAUUGUGGGACUAACAUGGAUGUAACCUUUCUUCUUUUCCUUAUUUUUUGGUUUUGAGGGUUGUGGUUUGGGGUUGGUUUUGGUUUUUGUGGGGUUUUUUUGUUUUGGUUUGGUUUUUUGUGUGUUUUUUGUUUGUUUGUUUUGGGUUUUUUGUUUUGUUUUGUUUGUUUUGGUUUUGGUUUUUGGUUUUUUUGGGUUUUUUGGUUUGUUAUUUUUCUUUGGGGGUUAUUUUCUGUUCAGGGAUUGUUUUGGGGGUUUUUCUCUUUAUUUAAGAAUCAGAAUUAUCAGUAGCAACUCUUCCUCCUCCUCUUCUCUGCUUUUUCAGUCUGGUCUCUUCUGCCUCCCCUUAUUCUCUCUCCUACUUGAAUCACUUAUUCUUUGCUUUAUCACCAUGUUAGGUUUUGGUUACUUCAAGCUUUUAAUAUACUUUAAAUAUAGGAAACAAGCAGCAAUUCAUGCAUAGGAAAACCCUGAGGAUUACUUUACAGAAGGGCAUUCGCUCCUCCUCCCUCACCACCUUUUUUUACUACAAUUGCAAUAACUGAAGUAUUUUUCAUGUACUCUGCUGCAUCCAGUCAGCGCUCCACUGCUGUGUGUCCUUUUAACUGUGGACCAAAGGCAAACCCUGCAGUUUAAAAAAUGGAAAAUUUAAAAAAAAGGGCAAAAAGACAAAAAAAAAAAAAAAAAGGAAAAAAAAGAAAAAAACCAAAAAAAACCAGAAAACAAAAAACAAAACACAAACAAACAAAACAAAAAACCCCCCCACAAACCACCACAAAAAAGGAAAACAAAUGAAGUUCAAAGAUCAUUCAGGCCCCAUAAUACAAGAAUGCAAUUUUGUAAGAUGACAAGAAGCCAUUACUAUGCCAGUACAGACUACAGUUAAAUCUACUUUUGCACUGCAACAGUGCAUAUGACCUUUACGUGAUUGUACAGUGAUAAAAGUUUUUCUUAUGUACAGUAACCUGUAUCAUAUGGCAGAAGCCUCUGUUGUGUUAAAUAAAUUAGUAUCUCAUACAUAUAUAUAUAUACAUAUAUACGCACAGGUAUGUGUAUAUAUAUAUACAUGUAUAUAUAGCUAUAAAAUGGCAGCCGUUGCUAUUGCAAUUCAUUUAAUAAAGCUUUAGUAAAAAUGUGUUGUAUACAGGAGAGAUGUACAGUGCAGGGUGUCUUUUCACUUAGAAAAGACAGGUUGCUUUAACAUUAUUCUGACUUGCAUUGUUUGCCAACAAAGCAUAUUUUAUACUUUUCUAUUAGAGCAUCCAGGGCAAUUUAACAUUUGUACCUAGAUGUAACUCCUUUGGUUAGGUUUUGCAUUGGCUUUUGAGCAUUCUAUAAGGCUAAUCUUGAUAAUUUUCCUUUUAAUUAAUUAAACAAAUGGAACUCUCUCUUAGAUGUACCAUGUUCAUGAACAACUUAUGCAGCUCUAGAGCAGUUAAACAUGGAUCAAAGGUCAAUAAAUCCUUUUCCAAGUCAGCACAGUUGAUCAAUACAACAAUGGCAUUAGUGCAAGAAAAAGAGAAAAGCCCUCAUGAUACACAGAUGUGGCCUUAAUUAUAAUCAUAUAUUGUUCUAUGGGGAAAAAAUAUGAACAGGCACUCAGUUUAAGCCUUUCAUGUUGUUAGAUUUAGAGGAGCUAUGUAUUUUUUACAUUAGUGCCAACUGUAUAAAGCAAGAAAAAAACAGCAGUGAGAGCAGAACCGGUGCCGACUUUAGCACCAGCUUUUUCAAGUAACACUGUUACCUUUUAGAAAUGUAGGAAGAGCUUUCAAUUUGUAAUCCUUAAACUAAAGAUGCGGUUAAGUAGAAAGCAAGCAGUUUAUCCUGUGAAUUUUUUGGUUUGGUUUCCUUUUUAAUGCAACCAUACAUACACUUACUUUAAUCUAACUCAUUCUUUGGCUAAGAUUAAUAGGAAUCAGCCUAUGUGAUUUGCUUUAGGAUAAAUGAAAAGUUAUAUUCUUCAGAUCUAUUCUAUUUUGAUGCUAAUUCUGUUAUUGGGGAUAUUGUACUGUCACUGUUUUUUGUACUAAAUCUUCAAAUAUUGUCUACUGUGUAAGGCAGAACGAAUUCUUAUCGUGCAAAAGGCCAUUUUGUUUCCAGGGUAGCAAGUGUCGAAAAGCAUGCACAACUUGCUUCCCCCUUGUAACAUUCAUGAACUCAUACACACUUCUGAGUAAAAGAAAAAAAAAAAAAAAAAGGAAAAAAAAAAAAAAGAACAUUUCUUUCCAACAAGCUACGUAGGGACAUACCAGAUGUUGCAGUGAUUUUAGCUAUUAAAAACCUGUUAACCAUGUACAAUAUUUAAAAUAGGCCUAUUUUGAUGUGUUGCCUAUUAUACAGAUACACAAAACACUUUUUGGAGGCCUCAGUUACAAGUGGCAGAGCUUUCUGUGUAUAAUUUGUCUAAAUAAUUUGUCUAAUAAAAUUGUUUUCUAAACUUGCGUUUCCUCCUGUUCAGUUGCUGAGUACUGUGGUGUUUUCAGCCUAUGGCAAGGUACUUGUGGAUUUGCUGCACUCCUACUGAAGGGUUUUAGCCCAUGGAGAUGUGAUGAGCUCCUCAGGCUUCUGUGAGUCAGCUCAGUGAAGAGCAUCUAUGGAAAACACCUAGGUUUACCAUGUUUAUCAAUGUCAGGCUUAGAUUUCAGAGAGCAUUUACAAACAGCAUUUUGGAGAAUAAGCUUAGAUUUCUUUAGCACUGACAUGUAUGGGACAUUAUUUUUAGAAAUACUGCA